CUGCGGUCCGGGCCGCCCCGGCACCUGUCAGGUCAGCCGGCCGCCUGCAGCUCCCGCCUCAAGCUCAGGCUUGGGCGCAGCUAUUUAUAUCCUUCAGCCGGCACAGACCCAUAUUGGGUUGUGUGGGACAGUUUAGCCCUCUGGCGCGCCACCCAGCCUGGCCCUGCACCCUCCCCACGACGCCAUGCCAUCGCGGGCAGCCUCCAGCCGGACAGCUGCUCUGACUAUUACAUAACACCUCUGUUACUUUGUGAGUAAUCAGACAUGCAAAUAACCCCUCGUGGAUUAAGUUAAACCUAAGAGAGUUAGAAACAUUGGAGAGCAUUAUCAUGGAGUACAAACUGGAAGGGAAAGGAAAAUGCCAACAUAGCAUGAAUUUACUUAAUACAAUCAAGAGUAUGAAAGAGUUGGAGGAAAUGAUUGAUGUGGUGCUCAUAGCAGAAGGGGAAAAAUUUCCUUGCCACAGACUGGUUCUGGCUGCGUUUAGUCCUUAUUUCAAAGCUAUGUUUACCUGCGGGCUACUCGAAUGCACCCAGAGGGAAGUCAUACUCUAUGAUAUCACAGCAGAAAGCGUGUCAGUGAUCUUAAAUCACAUGUACAGUGCAACUUUGGAGAUUAACCAUGCCAAUGUACAGACUGUAGCUAUGGCCGCCUAUUUCAUGCAAAUGGAGGAAGUCUUUCAGGCGUGUCAGAAAUACAUGAUGGACCAUAUGGAUGCCUCCAACUGUGUUGGUGUCUAUUACUUUGCCAAGCAGAUUGGAGCUGAAGAUUUGUCCGAUCAGUCGAAGAAGUAUUUAUAUCAGCAUUUUGCAGAGGUGAGCUUGCAUGAAGAAAUACUAGAAACUGAAGUGCACCAAUUCCUCACACUCAUUAAAUCGGACGACCUAAACAUAUCCAGAGAGGAGAACAUUCUGGACUUAGUUCUGAGAUGGGUAAAUCAUAACCAACAAUCGCGCACAGAGCAUCUUGUUGAGCUUUUGAAGCAAGUCAGAUUGGAACUGGUCAAUCCUUCUUUUUUAAGACAAGCUCUGAAAAGGAACACAAUGCUGCUUUGUGAUGCAGACUGCAUUGACAUAAUUCAAAAUGCAUUCAAAGCCAUCAAAACACCCCAGCAGCACCCUAUGAAUCUUCGUUAUGGGAUGGAAACUACUAGUCUUCUACUUUGCAUUGGCAACAAUUCUUCCGGAAUCAGAUCAAGGCGCAGGAACUAUGGGGAGGCCAGUUUCUGUUAUGACCCCGUAUCACGGAAGACCUACUUCAUCUCGUCUCCCAAAUAUGGAGAGGGUUUAGGAACUGUGUGUACUGGGGUUGUCAUGGACAACAACACUAUAGUUGUAGCUGGAGAAGCAAGUGCUUCUAAACUCUCCAGACAAAAGAGCAGGAACAUUGAAAUCUACAGGUACCAUGAUAGAGGAGGCCAGUUCUGGGAAAAGUUAUGCACCACUGAAUUUCGAGAGCUCUACGCUCUGGGCAGUAUCUGUACUGACCUCUAUGUUAUAGGAGGACAGAUGAAAAUUAAAAACCAGUACCUUAUUACGAACUGUGUUGAUAAGUACUCUGUAGCACACGACAGCUGGCAAAGGGUGUCUCCACUUCCACUGCCAUUGGCAUGCCACGCCGUGGUGACGGUGAAGAGCAAGCUGUAUGUGGUUGGCGGCUGGAGCCCUCAGAUGGAUCUCCCGGAUGAAGAACCGGACCGAUUAAGCAACAAACUGUUGCAGUAUGACCCCAGCCAAGAUCGAUGGAUGGAGCGGGCGCCCAUGAAGUACUCUAAGUACCGAUUCAGUACAGCUGUCGUCAACAGUGAGAUUUAUGUUUUGGGUGGAAUUGGCUGCACAGGUAGAGACAAGGGCCAGGUUCGAAAGUGCCUGGAUGUGGUGGAAAUCUACAAUCCUGAUGGGGACUUCUGGAGAGAGGGCCCACCUAUGCCAAGUCCCCUGCUCUCACUCCGAACCAACUCUACGAAUACAGGAGCAGUGGAUGGGAAGCUCUAUGUCUGCGGGGGAUUCCAUGGAGCAGAUCGCCAUGAGGUUAUCUCCAAAGAAAUCCUGGAGCUGGACCCCUGGGAAAACCAGUGGAAUGUCAUCGCCGUCGAUGUCCUCAUGCACGACAGCUACGAUGUCUGCCUGGUGGCCCGGUUGAACCCCCGGGACCUCAUCCCCCCACCUUCGGAUCUGGUGGAAGACAGCAAUGAGCACUGAGUCAGGCGCUGCCCUGGCAUCUCCCAGCAUGUCUAUGAAGGUGGCAGUGGGGUGACGGGGUUUAGUGGCCGCAGAGCAGCGAGGGCUGAGUGUGGUGAGGGGACACAUGCAGUCAGCCCUGGGAACCUCCAGCUGGCUGCUGGGGACAAGGCACUGCAAGGCCAGACGUGGUCGAAGCACAGAGCAGGGCAGGUGCAGGGAAUGGAGAGACUUCAGACUGCUGGUAACAGCACCAGGCUGUGAUGAGGAAGAAUUAGUCCCGUGGGGCAAGGCAGGGGUGGGGCAAGGGCAGAGGA